UAUGUGAGCGUCGCGGAGUGGUUUAGCGCUUAUCGACUUGAACUCUAGCGGGCCGCCAGGAAUGUAAUCGUCUUAGCAACCGUAGCUAGCUGCCACGGUGGGUGAGCUAACAGCGUCUUCAUGGGGGCUUUUAAACGGUUAGCCAGGCGUUUGGCGCUGCUCGGGAGUUGUGUGUUAAUACUGUAGACGGGCGGCUUCUGCUGAGGUAAAUGUGGAUUAAAUGGCAAAAACCGAACCGGGCAAUGGACUUAAUUUGCGGGGCAGCACAGAGAAGCUGACAGAUAAUGGGAAAGACGGCUCGUAUGGACCCGAGCCGGAGCCGAACGGCAGCACGGGACCCGGAGGGACGCGGGUGGAUAAGUACGGCUUCACCGGCGGAGCCCAGCAAACCUCCGGGGAAUCCGCUGAGGACAUUCCUACGGAGGUUUUGAGGCAACGGGAGGCAAAAUGGCUGGAGAUGCUCAACAGCUGGGACAAGUGGAUGGCCAAAAGACACAAAAAGGUGAAGGAGCGCUGUCAGAAGGGGAUCCCUCCAUCCCUGCGUGGCCGGGCCUGGCUCUACCUCACUGGGGCCAAAGUGAAAAUGGGGCAGAACAAGAAAAGGUUCCAGGAGCUUGACAACCAGCCAGGAGAUCCCAAGUGGGUGGAUAUUAUUGAGAGGGACCUCCAUCGACAGUUCCCCUUCCACGAAAUGUUUGCAGCAAGAGGAGGCCAUGGGCAGCAGGACUUGUUCCGCAUACUGAAGGCUUAUACACUACAUCGGCCAGAAGAAGGUUACUGUCAGGCCCAGGCUCCCAUUGCUGCUCUACUCCUGAUGCAUAUGCCAGCGGAGGAUGCGUUUUGGGUUCUUGUUCAAAUUUGUGAGAAAUACCUCCCUGGAUACUACAGCACGGGGCUGGAGGCGAUCCAACUGGAUGGGGAGAUCCUUCACGCUUUGCUGCGCCGGGUGUCUCCCGUGGCCCAUCGUCACCUGAAAAAGCACAACGUGGAGCCAACGCUGUACAUGACGGAGUGGUUCAUGUGCGCCUUCUCAAGGACUCUGCCUUGGGCCUCAGUGCUGCGUGUCUGGGACAUGUUCCUCUGUGAAGGAGUGAAGAUCCUGUUCCGAGUGGGUCUGGUUCUGCUAAAGUGCAUCUUGGGUUCACAAGAGAAACUGAAAUCCUGCCAAGGUUUUUAUGAAACGAUAGAACUGCUCCGCACUAUAAAGCCACAGUACAUGCAAGAAAGCUUCCUAGUGGACGAGGUCACGGAGUUGUCAGUGUCUGAGAAAGACAUUGAGAAGGAACAUCAGAUUCAGCUGCGUCGCUGGAAGGAGACUCAUGGAGACCUGCACUGUAAGUCCCCUCCACGGAUGCACGGCGCCAAGGCCAUCAUGACAGCAGAGCCACCCAGUCGGCAGGAACUGAAACACAGGCCCACCAUCAUAGUGAAGUCUCCCCUGGCUCCCCAGACAGACGAAGGACAAGCAGAUGAUUUAGAGGAAAUAAAAAAUGAAACAAACCUGCCCCUCGAGGAGGUGGUCAAUCCAUACGCUCCCAUCUUCAAACCCUCACCUCUCCCCACGCAACUGGCCAUACGAGGGUCCAAAGAGAGUCUCAGCAGCUCAGAGCAUGACACUUACCUGUAGCAGGUGAAGUCUGACACCACCUAAUCAAAAAUUAUUCCUUAUAGCCUUCACUGACUCAUAUCAGUCAUGACUCAGGUAGGUUAAACUAAAUUGAAAUAUUUGCUGACCAAAUGCUGAUUCUCAGAAUUGUAAAGACUCGCUGUAAUGUGCAGUAUGUAUCUGCUAUUUACUCUACUUUUAGUAGUGUAGUCAUGGAUAUACAUGACAGUAUUUUUUUAUGUAAUGGGACUCAUAAAUGUGUAAAUGGCGGCAAUCGUGUGCACUUUGUGCCCAUGUCUGUGGGAGUGUGGAGCCAUUAGCUUCACGUGACUGAUAGCAUGAAGGCACUCACUAGGAAAAGCUACUGCUGCUAUUUGCCAUUUAAAUGCAGUGCUCUGGUUCUUCCCCUCGUUGACAAUGAAGUGUAAUUUAGCCUUAAGUGAUAGUUUGAAGCUCUCCUCUUCACACGGAAUUCUAUCCAGCUGACUUUGUGCACAAAAUUGCAGGUAAAGGUUCCGUCUGAGGUGGAAAAGUUGGGUUGCAAAUGUUACGUGCAAAAUAAUCAGGUUUCUGCUAGCUGCAGGAAAACAUCACCUUUAGUUUUGUAUCUUAGGUGAAUUAAAUCAUAAUACUGAUUUAUAUUUACAUUCAUACAGUCAUGGAUGAAGUGUUGAGUGUGUUGGAUGGAAACCUACUUUCUACAUCAGACUGUUGCCAGUGCAGAGAUUUACUGGUAGCGUUCUGCUAGACUCAGUCGUCACACUUAAUGUGCAGACGCAGUUUAUCUGCAUUUCAGCACAGUUUGUUAGUGUUGCUGCAUCCUGGAGUUCGUCUCUACUGCUGCUGAACACUUGGGGGCGUCCUGGUAUAAUGUGUCAGCCUGAGCUGGGAGAAGCAGUGAGCGGACACCAGCUGAGACUCUGGUGUGAAGGAAAAAAAAAGGUGCAGGGAUAUUUUUAACAUGAAGCCAAAGAUUUUGAAUACAUAUUUUUUUACAUGUGUAUUAAGAUAGUCAUGUUGGUUGUUGCCAGUCUGGGAGAUAAUAGGGUUAAUAUUUAUGCUAUGAAGUCAGUAUCUAACAUUAACAGUAAAAAAACCUUUUGAGGACGCUAACAGAAGCAGUUUUUGUACAAUCAUGCUUAAAGUUUUAUAUAUCAAAAUAUCAGUUUUCUUUUCUUUAAAUAAUGGGAUUUCUAUUUUUUGUUUUUUUACAAAGCCAAGAAACAUAAGUAUGGACUAAAUAUGAAGUCAGUAUGAAGAAUGAUUUAACAAGCAACAUUUUACAGUUACAGGAUAACAUUUGAAAUGCAGUCCACCUCAUGAGAAACAAAAAUAGGAACUAAACUACAUUAACGUGAACAUUUGAUGAUGCAAAAAUUUUAUGUUUAGAUCAUAACUUAUAAAACAAAUGACUUAUAGAAAAGCAACAAAUAUGAGCUCAGUGAAUUGCUUCAUUCCAGUGGACUAUGUAACUGGUUAGAGUGGUUGUGUAUGUUACAGGUUUAUCUGUCUAGAAGCCCAUAGCAUUGAACAAAAACACAUUAACCAGCAUGCGUGGAUCUGCAAAUGAUUCAUCCAGGGAUCAGAAAAACAGCUCAUUCCAAAGCUGAGGAUGUGUGUUGUCAACCAAAUCCUUUGUUGAUUUCUUAAAAAAAUGGUUGAAGCUCUUGUGUGUAAAGUUAAAUUGUUUUUGCAGCUCAUCCUGUUCUGGUAUAAAGGACUUGAUUUCUGAUAUAUUUGGUCAACUGACAAAAAUCACUUUCUAAUAUCCUUAAGCUGUUUUUGUACCGAAAUGACAUUUAAAUCAAUAAAAGUUUUGAUUUUGCA